AUGGCUCCCGGGGCGGCCCGACGGGCCCGGCGCAGGCCCCGGGGCGCGCCGCCGGCUCAGGCCCGGGUUGGCUCGGCCGAGGACUGGUGGUGGGAGCGGCUAGCACCGAGUGGUUCCGGGUUCCACUUACUGCAGGCGGACAGCAUGUUGCUGGUGCUGCCCGACUCCGGACCGGUCCGCGCCCACUCACAGAGACGCGCCGCCCGCCGUGCACAGCGCCAGCCGGCCUCGGGUCCCCGCGCCGCCGCAGCCAAGGCCAGAUCUCGGCCCGAGCCCGAGCCCGAGCCCGAGCAGGGGCCCGACCCGGGCUGGGGCGACCGGCUCCCCUUGGAAAUCCUGGUGCAGAUUUUUGGACUGCUGGUGGCGGCUGAGGGGCCCAUGCCCUUCCUCGGCAGGGCUGCGCGGGUGUGCCGACGCUGGCACGAGGCCGCCUCCCAGCCCUCGCUCUGGCACACCGUGACCCUGUCGCCCCCACUGGCAGGCCGCUCCACCAAAGGUGGAGCCAAGGCGGAGAAGAAGUUGCUUGCAUCCUUGGAAUGGCUUAUACCCAACAGGUUCUCCCAACUGCAGAGGCUGACCCUCCUUCACUGGAAGUGCCAGGUGUCCCCUGUGUUGAAGCUGGCUAGCGAGUCCUGCUCUCGGCUCACCUUCCUCAAGCUUUCCGACUGCCACGGGUUGACCCCCGACAUCCUGGUCAUGCUGGCCAAAGCCUGUCCCCAGCUCCACAGCCUGGAUCUGCAGCACUCGACGGUGGAGUCUACAGCUGUUACCAGUUUCUUGGAGGAGGUGGGGCCCCGGAUGCGCAGGCUGUGGCUGACCUACAGCUCCCAGACCACAGCCAUCCUGGGCGCACUGCUGGGCAGGAACUGUCCCCAGCUCCAAGUCCUCGAUGUGAGCACUGGUCUAAGCCGUAACACCACCCCCCUGCAGCUGCCAGUGGAGGCCCUACAGAAAGGCUGCCCCCAGUUGCAGGUGCUGCGACUGCUGAAUCUGGUGUGGCUACCCAAGCCUUCUGGGCGUGGGGUAACCCCAGGCCCAGGCUUCCCCAGCCUGGAGGAACUCUGCCUCGCCAGCUCCACCUGCAACUUUGUGAGCAAUGAGGUCCUGGGCCGUCUACUGCAUGGCUCCCCCCGCCUGCGUCUGCUGGAUCUUCGAGGCUGUGCCCGUGUCACGCCGGCUGGCCUGCACCAUCUGCCCUGUCAGGAGCUGGAACACUUGUACCUGGGCUUGUAUGGCAUGUCUGACCGCUUGACACUCGUCAAGGAGGGCAGUCCCCUGCUGACCCAGAAGUGGUACUGCACCUUGCGGGAACUGGACUUGAGCGGCCAGGGCUUCAGUGAGGUGGACCUGGAUCAGGCCCUAGCCGCCUUCUCCCGUGCCUCUGGGGGCUCACACCCCGCCCUGUGUUCCCUCAACCUCAGGGGCACACGGGUCACAGCCGGUACAGUCAGCUCUGUGAUAAGCAGCUGCCCAGGCUUGGCGUACCUCAACCUGGAGUCCUGCCGCUGUCUUCCCCGGGGCCUGAAGCGGGCCUACAGGGGCUUGGAAGAGGUGCAGUGGUGCUUGGAGCAGCUGCUCAGCAGCCCCCCAUCCCCAGCUAAGUAG